AUGGGGAAGGUUGACUCGGUCCGAGAACCCGAAGUCGUCUCGAGGCAGAAGAGGCCAGUAUUCCGCAUCACGGUGAAAGCGAUCGUCAUCGUCGUCAGCGCAGCCCUUGCUUUCAGACAGGUCAUAUUGUUGGUCGAAGAAUACGCGUCCUUCCCGACGAACACUCUGUACGUGAUAGAAGAUACGGAAACGGUGCGAGCUCCGGCAUUCACCAUCUGUCCAAAACCAUCUGCGAGAGCGAACUCCAAAUUCAGCCUGGAGACAUGGAAGGAUGAAAAAACAGCGAAACAAUCGACGAUCGCGGAGAAAUUCAACGACAUAUUCAUCCCGUUCGAAGACCUGAUAAAAAUCGAUCCUCUCUUCAAGUCCUGGAUUAGGAAUACUUCAACCAUGAACGGGGAAACCAUCAUGACCCUAUCACAAAUUAAGAAUGCUUCGACCAUCAACGGGGAAACCUUCAUGACCGAUUCAAACGGAACUGGAGACUGGAGGGAGCGAACUUUCUAUCGGCGUGCUCGCAACGACUCCAGACUACCUUACUACAAGUGUUUGACGAUGUUUUUGAUGGAUGAGAUGUCGACCGGAGGGAAACCAUGCAAGGAAUAUUUCAUCGGUAUCAAUUUCAAUGCAAUCACCACUACCAAGCUGGAUGCACGGAGCGCCAAGGUGGAGGUUUUCGUCCACGAUCAGAGAGAGAAAUUCGCAAGGUUGUACCUCUUCGAACCGGAGAAUAUCGUGCUGCGCAACAACACCGUGACCACUCUUCUGAUUCGCCCCGAGUUCAUCGAGAAGCAGAACCGAUGGCAGGAUCCUUGCACUCUCGACGAGGGAUACAGCUACAGCCGGUGCAUGGAGAAAUGCUUCUGGAAAAACAUCCAAUUAGACAAAGAUCUGCCGUGUCUGAACCCUUCCCUCCUGCCCGAGGAAGCCAUUCUCUUGAAGCCAAAAUGCCAAGAUAUCGAGACAGAACGCAAACACUUGCAGAAGUUGACGACUGCCUACGAGAACCACACGUUAUUGGCGUAUUGCAACUGUCCUAAGAGAUGCAAAGUGGCAGAUUAUCAUAUCUUCGUGGAUCCAUCCCCUGCUUGCCAAGAGGAGUUCGACAACUAUACCGACGCUGGAUACGCCUGGCUGGCCAUCAGUUUCCCCUCCAAACGAGUGCCCAUCUUCCUGGAGAAAGAAAAGGUGAGUCUCACAGAUCUCCUGGCCAACAUCGGGGGAAUCAUCGGGAUCUGUCUCGGCGUUUCCCUCGUCGGCCUCUUCGAAUUCAUCGACCGCGCUUGCGCAUUCAUCUGGCGUAAGCUGUUCCCAUGGGCAACUGCAGUCGUCGACGUCGUCGAUAAGAACUGA